GCGUACGAUGCCACCGUGCUGGCGGCGGCGUACUCCGGCCCUCAGCUGGACAUCCUGAUCGAUCAGGGCCGUGACGAUCAGUUCCUGUCAGCCAGCCAGCUGCUGCCCGACAACCUGAUCGCCGUCUGCUCCAAGAAGAAGAUCCCCGUCGUCUUCAGACUGCAGCCGGGCUACGACCACAGCUACUUCUUCAUCUACUCCUUCAUGAGCGACCACAUCAAACACCACGCCAAGUUCCUCAACGCCUGAACCGCUGACACCACUGAAGAAGAGGACGGUGCAGCUCUGCCGCUCUCCUGACAUUAAUCACAUCACUUCCUGCAGGAUGAAUUACAGUAACAGCACCUGUCAGCCGGGUGUCAAAUUCUCUAAGAAAAUGAGUCUGAAGCUUUUGUGCCUUUAGUUUAAAAGCACUUACUAUCGUAAAGUCUCCGAUAUUUAAAGAUAUUUUUGUGUAACUUCACAGGAAACGUUUCCUUUUUUCUUGACAGUGAUCAUGUGGAUUUUCCAGCUUGUCAGGCGCAUUUUUGAGCAUUAAAAGUCUCAUUUGAGUCA